AUGACUAAAAUAAAAACUCAGUGGAAGGAAUUUUUAGAGGCAAUAAGUGUUCUGCAAUGGGUACUGUCCUUUCUCUUCUUAGGAGUGGCUUGUUACAUCAUGAUCGUGUAUCUUAUGUUUACCUCGUUGUGGCCGCUCUCCACUCUGUACUUCAUAUGGCUGGUGAUGGACUGGCAAACCCCUGAAAGAGGGGGUAGGAGAACAUCAGCUGUGAGGAAGUGGAGGGUAUGGGAGCAUCUCAGAGACUUUUUUCCCAUCAAAUUGGUGAAGACAGCUGAGUUGAAUCCAAACAAAAACUACAUCUUAGGCUGUCAUCCACAUGGUAUCAUGAGCGCUGGAGCCUUUACCUGCUUCAGCACAGAAAGCUGUGGCUUCACUGAGGCGUUUCCUGGGGUGCGACCCUCCCUGGCUAUACUGGCCGGACUCUUCAGGAUACCACUCCUUAGGGAGUACAUAAUGUCUGCAGGCCUUUGUCCAGUCAGCAAACCAAGCCUUGUCCACCUCCUUUCAAAAAGUGGCAAAGGAAAUGCAGUGGUGAUUGUGAUAGGGGGCGCUGCUGAGUCUCUGGCAUCCUCUCCGGGAGUAAACAUAGUGGUUGUGAGGCAGAGAAAGGGAUUUGUCAGGACGGCCCUUGAGUUUGGGGCUGAUCUGGUGCCUGUUUACUCAUUCGGGGAGAAUGACCUGUUUAAGCAGGUGAUUUUCUCAGAGGGCAGUCUGAGUCGGAGGUUACAGGACCUGUUUAAAAGCAUUGUGGGUUUUGCCCCGUGUCUAUUUGUUGGUGAGCGCUUGGCAUUCCUGCCCUACAGGACUCCAGUUACCACUGUUGUGGGAAGUCCCAUCUCAGUCCCAAAGUGUGCUACACCUACUGAGGAGGAGGUUGACCACUAUCAUACACUUUACAUGGAGGCCCUGUCCAAGUUAUUCCACGAACACAAAGUCAGCUGUGGACUGUCUGAAAGCCACAAGCUUCGAAUCAUUUAG